GUGCAGCUAAGACCGGACGUUGCCACGCGAGAGCUGACGGUCGUCGGGGACGACCUUGUCCUAUAUUUUUCGGCAGUGGACGCCAGGACGCUACGGGCCUCCGUAGGGACGUUCUGCGACUUGCUAGCCCUGGCCACAAGGACAGCCGAAGCCUUCCCACCCCUUGAACCC